AUGUCAGCAAUGGACCCUGAUGAAUUAGAUUUCAAAGAUCUACCCAUAUUUGUUUAUGCCGAUAACGAAGCGAUGCAAUCAGCCAACAGUGAACAUCAACCUAUUAUGGUAUGUUGUGAGACCGAUCAGGAGAACCAUACACAUGUAUUUUACGGCAAACGUUGUUCUCAGGACUUUCUAGAAUUUCUAGAUCAAUUGACUAUCAAUGAGGACGAAUUCGAACGACCUGUCAUUGUCAUGUUUCACAACCUGAAAGGUUAUGACAUUAUGUUUAUCCUACAAGAACUGUACAAUCAACAUCGUGUGGUGGAAAAUCAAGUCUUUGUCGGCAUCUAAGUCCUUUCCGUCACAUCUGACCCUAUCACCCCAAAGGACUCUUUUUGUUUUCUACCCUUUUCAUUAGCUUCAUUUCCUAAAGCUUUUGAAUUGUUAGAACUCAAAAAAGGAUUUUUUCCACAUCUGUUUAACACACCCGAAAACCAAUCUUAUGUCGGACCGAUCCCACCCAGCGACACAUACGAUCCUGACGGUAUGAAUCAUGACAAACCCGAAGAAUUUCUAAAUUGGUAUCAAGACCAGAUGCGAUGUCAUGUGGGAUACAAUCUACGCCUGAAGUGGAAGAGUACUGCAUUUCUGACAUCAAAUCAUUGA